AUGAGAUUCACAACUGGAUGCUCAUCUGGCACUGAUGUACACUUGAGCACCAGUUCCAGGCGUUCCCGUGAGAGUGAAAUUGCUCCAUCUGUGGAUAUCCCCGAUAGAUCAGGCUCUUCCGACGAAUUUAUCACCGUUCCCAUCAUCGGCUGCGAUCUAUACUUCUCCCAAAGAUAUGGAUCAGCCAAGGCUCUCAGAAUCGCUGACAAAUGUGUUCUCGGUGAAGUUGACCUCUAUCCAACACAUCGUUCCUUUUUCCCACAGGCGAUUUGUCAGCCAACUCUGGAGACUGCAAUCUAUGCUCUAUUAGUGGCACUGUACACAGAACAAGGAGAUGCAGAUAUGAGACGACUAGUAAAACUUAAAGACAAAGUGGAGGCAUGCGACAUCUGCAGACAUCACAGGAUGCCAAAACCUUGGUCACCUGAUCUCUUUGUACUCUUCUUGUACACUGAUUUUCGCGAGUCAUGUUUCAUGUUGCCGCGGGAGCUACAACUGGAAGACCCAACUGCUGUUCUAUUGGCACAGCCCACAGCUAAGAAGCCAACUUACUAUGACUAA